CAGGUGAGGGUCGUGUGGAGGUCCUAAAGGGGAGUGAGUGGGGUACGGUGUGUGACGACCACUGGAACCUGCAGUCCUCCAGUGUGGUGUGUAGAGAGCUGGGCUUUGGCACUGCUAAAGAGGCUCUGACCGGAGCACGAAUGGGCCAAGGUAUGGGUCCCAUCUACAUGAAUGAAGUUCAGUGUCGUGGUGAUGAGAAGAGCCUGUGGGACUGUCCUCAUAAGAGCAUCACUGCUGAAGACUGCAAACACAUGGAGGACGCCUCCGUCAUCUGCAACAUCCCCUACAUGGGCUUUGAGAAAUCGGUCAGACACAUACAUGAUGAUUCCACUGCUAAAGUAAACUAUAAUGUGUUUGGAGAAAAAACUGCCUCAAAUCGGCUUUUAUUCAACAUUUAA